UUAUGUCAUCAAACGGAGAGAGAGAGAGGGCUGGGAGUACUACCUAAGGGCAAAUAACUCUAAUAAACAUUAUAGUUAUUUACCCUUCAAUGUUCGGACAGCUAUGACGUCCAUUAUAUCGGGAUUUACUAAAAGUUUAAUAAAUCCAAGAUUGAUUUCACCAUGCACAAGACUAUUUCACACCCAAGGAACUCCUUUGUAUUUCCAGACAACUGAUAUACUUUAUGGAAUGCCAAUGAAAAAAAAGAAGAGAACUGAUGUCCAGCUGGUUAUGGCUCGAGAACAACGUAAAAGAAAAAAGAUUGAAAAACAAAUAAAAAAACUUGAAAAAUAUUCUCAAAAAUUAAAACCUAUUGAGGAAGUUCAAAUAAGUUCUCAACUUCGGAAAGAAAUUAAUCUGAGGUACCGUGCUAAACCAAAGUUGUCAUUUGAAGAGUCUGAAAAUCGAAUGCUACUGAAAAAAGCUUGGUCAGUUUACCAGAAAAAUAAAUUUCAUGAAGACCUGGUAGCAAUGGAUAAUGCUGCAACUGCUCAGAAAGAAGCUUUAGCUGAACUUCGAAAAGAGUCUGAAGAACUCUAUCACUUAGCUAUUCAGAUUGAUGAGCAGCUUAUACCUUAUACACAUCAAGGACCUAUGCGAACAAUUCCAAUUGAUAAUUAUGAGUCACCUGAUGGUGACUACAAAGACACAUCUCGGAAAUGGGAUUAACCAAGUACAGUUUUGUGAUUGGUCAAAUGGAGUUAGUUUUUAUAUUGUAAUAAAUUAUUGAAACUUUAUAA